CUGUUGUCUGCCGCUUUUACAGUAAGGCGUAGGAUUUUGCUAUUGUACACUUUCACUUUCAUUUUGAAUAGUUAGGAAACCCGCUAUAUUUCAAUUAUCUUAAAAGUUAUUAUUUCAUUGGCAAAAUACGUUUCGGAAGAAUAGGAGGCGUAAGGAAAUAGUCUGAGAUGGCCAAGACAAAGGUAACGGCGCGGAAGUCGAUGCAGCCUAUAUGCCCGCAAUGUAAAAAGAGUGUACCACCCGACGAGAAGUUUGAGCAGCAUCUUAUCAAAUGUACUGAAGAGAAAGAAAAGCUCAUGUUAGCUCAACAGGCAAGUUGUGAUGAAUGUGGAAAAAUCUUUAAAAGAUUUUCAUUCAUGAUGAAGCAUAAGCAGAUGGUGCAUGCUACUGAGAAAGGUGAUACAGUUAAGGAUAAAGUUGAGCCUGGGUGUAGUGAAAUUGACAUUGAGAAGUCGGAAGCUGUUGAUGAAGGAUGGGAUCGUGAUCCUGAUAUUGAACUUGAUUAUAGUGAUGAAGAAGAAAAGUGUGUUGAAAAGAUGGAUGUUGAAAAUGAUGAUGAUUUUGUAGAGGAUACAAUUAGUAAGAAGAAAGAUCUCGCCGAGGAAAGUAUUGCGGAGAAAUGUACUGAGAAUGAUGGAAUGAAAGAAGUAAAUGUUGAUAUGGCUAUAGGCAGAGUAACGCGCAAACCCACUAAACCUUUACUUCCAGGGGUCAGAAAACGAUGUGUGAGCGAAGUCAACGCGACCAAGAAUGUCGAGUCCAAUGUUAAAAGGAGGAUUACGGUAACCGAGGACACUAGUCGGAUUGAACAGAGUGACAGUAAAGUCAAAGGACAUUGUCCUGUAUCAACACCAUUACCCCGAAAGAUUGGUUUUAGUUUUCUGAGGUGUGUACAGGAUGGAAAACAACGUCAGGAAAUGACUAUCCGAGAAAAUGAGGACGUCAGUUUGGAGGCGAAGAUUGUAUGCCCCGAGAAGAAGACGAUUUCCAAGCAGACAUAUUGUCUUGGAGAUUAUGUUGCUGAUGGGUUAAUCAAACCUGACAAUAUCAUAAUAGAAGUUUCUGAGGACGGGAUGCUUCAAGUGAGCUUUGAAACUGAAAAAUGA